CUUCCGUGUCCCCGGCAGCCACACUUUAGUCUGGCCUGCUAGUGGAGCGGAAGAACAGAUCGCGAGUCAGGUUCUGCACAGCCUCCGGCGAAGGCUGGCCCUUUGGAAGGCUCCUUGAACAGCCGGAGCAGGCCGGCCACCAUGACCGAGAACUCCACCUCCACCCCGGCGGCGAAGCCCAAGCGGGCCAAGGCCGCCAAGAAGUCCACGGACCACCCCAAGUAUUCAGACAUGAUCGUGGCUGCCAUCCAGGCAGAGAAGAACCGCGCCGGCUCCUCGCGCCAGUCCAUCCAAAAGUAUAUCAAGAGCCACUACAAGGUGGGUGAGAACGCCGACUCCCAGAUCAAGUUGUCCAUCAAGCGCCUAGUGACCACCGGUGUUCUCAAGCAAACCAAAGGGGUGGGCGCCUCGGGGUCCUUCAGGCUGGCCAAGGGCGAUGAGCCCAAGAGGUCGGUGGCUUUCAAGAAGACCAAGAAGGAAGUCAAGAAAGUGGCCACUCCAAAGAAGGCAGCCAAGCCCAAGAAGGCUGCUUCCAAAGCCCCAAGCAAGAAACCCAAAGCCACCCCGGUCAAGAAGGCCAAGAAGAAGCCGGCUGCCACGCCCAAGAAAGCCAAAAAGCCCAAGAUUGUCAAAGUCAAGCCAGUCAAGGCAUCCAAACCCAAGAAGGCCAAACCCGUGAAGCCCAAAGCCAAGUCGAGUGCCAAGAGAGCCAGCAAGAAGAAAUGACAAUGAAGGCUUUGCUUGGGGACACUCCUUCCUCCCUCCUGUUUUCUGUAAAUACAUUUCUCUCUUGAUCCCAUCUGCAACCCUUUGCCCAUUCUAUUUGGACUCUAUAGAGGACAGAGUUUGGCUUCCUCAGACAGACUUUGUGGAAUAUUUUCCUUAACCCAUUGUUCAAGGACAGCAAACAGACCUCAUCUUUAUAAUGAUGGAGAUGUACUUUUUUCUUGAUUUGAUAUUAACCUUACGGGGUUGUGGGGGGGGGGGGCGUUGUGUGUUUCCUUCGGUGGUUUGUUUACUAUGAAGGUAAAUGGAACUGGCAAAGUUCUGGGUAGGUGAGGACCCAGGAACUAGGUUGCUUGUCCCUAGUGAGCGUUUCAGAACCUUUGAUGAGCAGGUGAUACCCCAUCUACCUGGCCAAGGGGGGUUGUGGGGGAGAAGAGGAUAAACUCCCUGGGCUGCCCUACCAAUGGUGGUAAGUUGGGGGACCUGAUUUCUUUUUCUCUUCUGCCCUAGUGCCUCUCCAAGUGACAGCUGGUUAGAGAAGCCAUAGCUUCUCACAACCGGGAUUUAGCCAUUGGGAAGGAAGGGUCUUCUCAGCAGUCUCUGGUUAAAUGGGAGUGGACUUAGGGGGAGGGGUGCAGAGUCAGCCAAGUGCCUCAGUGUGCCUAUGGAAACUUGGGUUUUUCCACACGGUUGAUGGAUUGUGUCCUAGGAGGACGUUGUUCGUUUCCUUUCCCCUCUUCCUGUGUAAGAUGUGGCAUUGCUUGGUGCCACUUCAGUUCUACCAGCUGCCACUUAAAACCCCUCCAAGCUUUUGAGUCUUUUCUAAGUAGCCGAGGAGGGGGAGAGGCAGGGAGUGGACUGUGGGAUAUACUCCCGUGGAUUCGAAUUUGCUAGGUAGCUUUAGAGAAGCGGGAUUGUGUGCAUGUGUGUAUAUGUAUAUAUCCAUAUCUAAGACUAGUACUUAGUCUCACCUCGGGAGCUGGGAGAAAAACUCUGUACAGUUGUCCUCUUAUUUUAAUAAAGUAGGAAACUCGGGUACCCUACCCCACUUUUUAAACAAGUGUAACUAGUGCCGGGAAAAAAUUACUGUGGUUGUAAUUUUAAAACUUUAAAAUAAAACUGGAAAGGAAAAAAA